AUGCGUCCAACCCAGGACAACAUCGACACCACCCAUAGCCACCGACAAGGACAAAACCGCCGGGGACGAUCCCAUAAACGACGCGGCAUGCCUGUCGAGCGGGAAGCGCAAGACUACAAAGCGCAAGCCACAGGGUGCCAGCCAAACCCGAAAGCCAGUGCGGACAGCGAGCGUGACAGAGCCUGCGGCCCACUAGCUGCGCUACGUCUGACAUAUGAAAAAGAACGGCACACAACUAGACUACGCACAUGUUAA